GGUUGUUUCUUCCCGGAAAAGAUAUUAUCCGUACCAGUGAAGGUUGAACGCCUCUUAUAUUUCUGCAGAAAACUAGCUCGUUAAUCGUACUUUCGUAAAAGCAGCGGAGUAGUAAUAUAAAUGUUUGUCAAACUAGUAUGAAAGCCGCACCGGUAAGCUGUAUAACCUUCACUGACAACCGAGCCGUUCUUUCUCUCGAGUGCGGGACUGAUUCUGAUUCUGCGUCACACAAAGUUUCGGCAGUAUUUUUGAGCUGAUUAAAGGUUGCAAAACUGCAGUUUGGUUUGGUUUGGUUUGAUGUGCUUUAUUAAUGAUUUACGUUGCUUAACUUAUUUAUUUAUUACUCGUAACGAAAUAAUGAUGUGGCGCGCCAACAGUUGCUCUUGAAACGUCGUUUUGAUAUUAGACCACUUUAUGGUUUACUCGGCUAUGACAGAGAUUCUACGCAGAAUCCACGGUGGCUUUCUAAAAGUGGCCCUGUUCCCCAGCAGCUUUGGGAAUAAAGCGCCUCGUCCUGCCGCCUCUGAAGUACUAACGUGUCACCUCACUCAGCGCGCGCUGCCGCCCUGGACUUCAUUCUGCGUGAGCUACCGGGAUGUCGUCAACGACCAGUUCGGUCUGUCCAACUUCAACUGGCAGGUGCAGGGAGCGAACUACCACAUCCUUAGGACCGGUGCUUUCCCGUUUAUCAAAUACCACUGCACCAAAGCACCUCCACAGAACCUGGAGUUUGAAAAUAAGUUUUUUGGUGCAUUGAAAGUCAUCAAUCUAGGUAUCCCAUGCUUGGCGUAUGGCUUGGGUUCAUGGAUGGUAGUUGGAGUGACAGAGACAGUUCAGACCUCUGCAGGACCUGUUACUGUUUACUUUGCAUACAAGGAGGUGGAGGGUGCUCAGUUUUAAUAUCAGAGACACAAUGAGUAUUUGAAAAGAAGGACUUGAGUUUCUCAAGAAAAUGUUUGUCACAGACUGUCUGAAAGCUUGUACAAAUGGCCAAGUGCGACCUGAAAUACACACAUGCACUUUUGCACAAAAAAAAUAAAUAAAUUAUUAAUUUUA